AUGGCCGAUGAUGGAAUGCUUCUGAACUUCGCUAUCAGCGACAGUGUCAUCAAGGCUGAGCCGAAAUUCAAAGGCGGCACAUGGCGAGACCGGUUGAGCGCGAAAAAAAUCGCCCAACAUCGGGCAAAAGGCCCACGAAAAGAUGCCGGCGAUCGCAAGCCGCCAGCUAAUCCGAACCACAUACAGGUCUCUGGAGCACGGCCAGCAAAAAGACAGAGGACGGAUCGGGAUCAUGACGGCCAUGCGUCGUCGCGCGAUCAGGGCGGCGAGCAUAGAAAGCAGCAGCAGCCAGGCCAGGCCCGUCCAUUUGUCUCUUCACUUUUUUCAAAGAAUCCCACGCCGAAAAAUGAUGUCGAGGACGAGCCGAAAGAUGCGACUGUGGAAGACGCAAAGCCGACCAACGCCCCGCUGAUCGAUGGGAUGGAUACGUUUACGAACCUGGGUCUAUCGCCUACGCUCGCUGCGCACUUAUUAACCAAGCUCGAGCUGAAGGCCCCUACUGCCAUUCAGAAAUCCUCCAUUACGCAGUUGCUCAAGGAGGAAUGCGAUGCGUUUAUUCAAGCGGAAACGGGUUCUGGAAAAACACUAGCAUAUCUAUUACCGCUGGUACAGAGAAUCAUGGCCCUUUCCAAGGCAAAGGCCAGCGAGGCUGUCAAGCGUGAUGCAGAUGGAAACGAUGUCUCUGUUCACCGCGAUAGCGGGCUGUUUGCCAUCGUUCUGGCCCCGACGCGAGAGCUGUGCAAACAAAUAUCUGUUGUAUUGGAAGGCUUGCUGCGAUGCGCAAAUUGGCUUGUCGCCGGCACGGUCAUUGGAGGAGAGAAGAAAAAAUCCGAGAAGGCCAGGCUGCGCAAGGGCUUGAAUAUCCUGGUAGCAACGCCUGGAAGACUCGCAGAUCACUUGGAAAACACGCAGGCACUAGACGUGAGCAAUGUGCGGUGGCUUGUGCUCGACGAGGGCGACCGUUUGAUGGAUCUAGGUUUCGAGGAUGAGAUCCAGGGAAUUGUCAAGAAGCUUGAUGCGAGGCAGCGUCCCAGUCGGAUACCCGGGGUUCCUACCCGCCGGACCACGAUUCUCUGCUCCGCCACGUUGAAAAUGAAUGUACAGAGACUCGGGGAGAUCAGCUUAAAGGAUGCUAUUCAUAUCAAGGCGGACCCGGCCGACGAAGAUGAAGAAAGUAAGACGAAGACGGAGGAGGAUGCAUUCAGGGUUCCGGCACAGCUCAAGCAGUCUUACGCCGUGGUGGCAGCUAAGCUUCGGCUUGUCACGCUUACGGCAUUUUUGAAACGAACGUUUAUGAGAAAGGGGUCCGUCAUGAAGGCAAUCAUCUUUGUCUCCUGCGCCGAUUCCGUCGAAUUCCAUUUUGAAGUAUUUACAAGAAACGCAAGUGAACGCAAGUCUGGAAAUGAAAGCGAGACUAGCGACGCAAAAGAAACAGAAACAACAAAAGAGGAGGACGACAAUCGACAUCUCCACGGUACAAUCGCCCCGGCGACCGCUUUUUCCAAUAGCUCCAACCCUGUGACACUCCACAAACUCCACGGCUCACUGCCGCAACAUGUUCGAACGGCGACUCUCAACUCCUUUGCCAAGAACCGCAAUCCCUCCGUCCUGGUCUGUACUGACGUUGCUUCCCGUGGUUUGGAUCUGCCGAACGUAGAUCUGGUUAUCGAGUAUGACCCAGCCUUUAGCGCCGAGGAACACUUGCAUCGUAUCGGGCGUACCGCACGUGUAGGACGUGAUGGCCGGGCGCUGAUCUUCCUCCUGCCCGGAAAUGAGGAGAACUAUGUCGAGAUCUUGAAACGCGGAUAUCGGGAUGGCGGCAAGGCUCUUACACGCACCGAUGCUAACGACAUCCUCAAGCGCGGGUUCGGGGGGAAUAUUGGGUCCGACAACGUCGACUGGGAGGAGAAAACCACCGACUGGCAGAUGGAUGUGGAGCGCUGGGCGCAGGACAACUCAGAGUACCUGGAGAUGGCUCGGCGGGCGUACCAGUCGCAUAUUCGAGCGUACGCCACACACGUCUCGAGCGAACGAAACAUGUUCAACAUCAAAGAACUGCACUUGGGACAUCUCGCGAAGAGUUUCGCGCUGCGGGACCGCCCGAGCAAGAUCAACGUGCCUGGCCUGCGGCCCGGGAAGGACGACGCGAAGAAAGACUUCAAGGCCGAGCGCAAACCGGCGGGCAAGAAGGGUGGUCGCGGCGACAGGGAUGGUGCCUCUGCUGCCAAUAAUAACAACGAUGUCGCCGAGGCCGCUCGGCUGAUGCGGGCCAAGUUGAAGGAGCAUAUGGCCGGCGCAAGCGAAUUCAAUCUUGCAUGA